GUAAACUUUUUCUCCGCAGAGGCCAACGUGAUUUGGUAUCAACAAAUCUCCAAGCUGCGUCAAAGCUCUGCUGGUGUGAUGUGGGUCAGUUGUGCAGUCGAGUCUACGCUGGCAUAAUUAUUAAGUGGGUAGUUUUCCGACUGCUUGGACAUAGACGUACAGAAGGAAAAUGGCAAACAAGCUGACUUCAAAUGGCUGGUUUGGAUUUAUACUCUACACCGCAACCAUGGCACUGACUGGUUGGAAUUCCAGCCGCGCCCAAGAAUCCAUCAAGCAUCUCCAGCGGCCUGUCAGGAAUUCUGAGCCUCUGGUUGUGCCGGUCCAUGUUUCAAAGAUGUACCUCAGCCCGGAUGAGCUAAGACGGCUCCAUUUUAAGACCACCACGGACUCUAUCCAGUUGUCGGAAGGACAUGAGGCAAAGUUCAGCUGCUCCAUUGAUAUUCCUGAUACCCAGCUGGAACCCACCAUUUUGUGGAUGAAGAAUGGCCAGGACCUGGCUACUAAUAUGCAGGUACUAAUCAAUGAACUGCAGACCAUCACAGACACGGCAACAACGCUCCUUUCCACUGUCAGCAUUACCCAGGUGCAGAGGGCAGAUGCUGGUGAGUACCGCUGUAGGCUCAGCAUCGGCAACAUGAUGGUGGAGUCUCACCCUAUCACCAUCAGGGUUGAAGGCCUUCCAACCUUUAUCCAGCAACCUGAGGACAGAAACAUAACAAAGGACACUCCUUUUAAUCUGUCAUGUAAGGCGGUCGGACCUCCAGACCCCAUCAAGAUUCGCUGGCUGCGUGAUGGCGUACCUGUUGGUGACUACCAUAGAUCGCCCAGCACUUACAAUGUGGAAAGUGUCGACAAGUACACUCAGUUCAACUGUGAAGCUUAUAACUCGAAAGGGGUCAGUACAUCAAGGGAGGCAAACAUCAACAUUAAAGUGCUUCCCAGGACUGUGUCUAAUUUGAGUGUGAUUGCAAGGGAGUCCAAUAAAUUGAUGUUAAGUUGGGUGCCCGGACAUGAUGGCUUCUCUCCAUUGACCAAGUGCCACAUCAGGUUGAAAAAGGUGAGUCGCAGGAUAGGGGAGGUGACGAUAACCAGGUUCAUCAACGUCACGGUGCCGCCAUUCCAAUGUGAAGUCCCUGGGCUGCAAGCCAUGACGUCUUACAACAUGAGUGUUUCCUGCAGCAAUGAGGUGGGGACUUCUCCAGUCUCCUCUUGGAUCCAGAGCAACACAACAGAGGGAGUGCCAUCAGUGUAUCCUCGAAACGUCACCGUGCAGCUGAAUGAAACAUGGCUGGUGAUCCGGUGGAAGCCUCCGCCGGAUGAUAAAAUAAACGGUAUACUGCAAGGCUAUGACAUAAUUGUCCGCCAUGGGACGCAGGUUAACAAGAUCCACAGCUACACCAACACGGCCUAUGUAGCGGUGCACGAUUUCAACAUCACGUACAGUGUGGAGGUGGCUGCAUGCACACGUGCUGGAAGCGGGAUGGUCAGCCCACGAGUCUGGCUGUUUGUGCCAGAAGACAAAUCCGGUCCAUCACCGUCCUCAAGCCCCGACACCAAGAUUCCAGAUGCUGUCAGUGUUGUUCUGGGUGUGGUGUGUGGAAUCUGUCUUUUGAUGCUUGUCCUCUGGGUGGCUAUCUGUGUACACAACAGGACAUCUGACUCUUGGCUUGGGCGGUUGUUGGGAAGUGGACAAAAGCAACAGCCAAUUGUCCACUACAAGCCUCAGAGAUCCUACAAUCGAGCUGCGGUUGGAGUAACACUUGUAAACCUGGGUGUCAGCAAUGAACUCCAUGCCAAAUUGCAGGAUGUGAUGGUCAUGAGGAACUUGCUAUCAGUAGGAAAGAUUCUUGGAGAAGGUGAAUUUGGCUCAGUGAUGGAAGGUCAUUUAAGACAACCAGAUGGGACAUCGGAAAAAGUUGCUGUGAAGACAAUGAAAUUGGAUAGCUUUUCCCAGAGAGAAAUAGAGGAGUUCCUGAAUGAGGCAGCCUGCAUGAAAGAUUUCCACCAUCCUAAUGUCAUCAGGCUGCUGGGUGUGUGCCUGGAAAUGAGUGCCGGACACUUCCCCAAGCCAAUGGUCAUCCUGCCCUUUAUGAAAUAUGGAGAUCUACACACCUUCCUGCUGCGCUCACGGCUGGGAGAGAAUCCAGUAUUCUUACCAACACAGACACUUCUGAAGUUCAUGGUCGACAUUGCCUCUGGUAUGGAGUAUCUCAGCGGUCGGAACUUUCUGCAUCGCGACCUGGCCGCUCGCAACUGCAUGCUGCGAGAUGACAUGACGGUAUGUGUAGCCGACUUCGGCUUAUCCAAGAAGAUCUACAGUGGAGAUUAUUACCGGCAGGGCAGAAUCGCCAAAAUGCCUGUCAAAUGGAUCGCAGUUGAAAGUCUGGCAGACAGAGUAUUUACUGUCAAAAGUGAUGUGUGGGCAUUCGGUGUAACCAUGUGGGAGAUCGCUACACGAGGGAUGACACCAUAUCCGGGCAUACAGAACCAUGAGAUUUAUGACUACCUCCUUGAAGGACACAGGCUCAAGCAGCCAACAGACUGUUUGGAUGACCUGUAUGAGAUCAUGUACAGCUGUUGGAGGGCCGAUCCUCUGGACCGACCCCUUUUUUCCAAACUGCGAAAAAUGCUGGAAAAAAUCACAGAAAGGUUUCCAGAGUCUUUCAGUAAAGAGGAUAUCAUCUACAUCAACACCAGCUUCCAGGAUGAGAGCCUUGAUGGAGAGGCCGCAGAAGAUCCUGUGCUCAGCUCUUCACCUUCCUGCAGCCACCAGGGAGCAGAAAGCGCAACAGUUACUGCAGACGUUCACGGGAGCAUGGAAGAUGACAGUGACGAUGGUCGUUAUGUGGUGGUUAUCUCCCCAGAUAUUUCACCAAGAUCGCCAACACUGGAUACUCCUCUUUUGUCGAGUGAUUCGUCAAAUCGCUCAAACGGCAAUAUAGUUCCUGAUGGUACGCGGACAGAUCACAACUCCAGUGAUAUUUCCCACCUGCUGUAAAGUUUGGUAUCAAGAACUUUUAAGGUAUUGAAUUGUGUUGAAAAUUCUCUUGCGUACUAAACAUUUUGCACUGAAAGCACCCAUAAUGUUAUUUAGUGUCAUAAGCGAAUGAUGGUUUGGUCAGCUUAGUUUAUGUCAAUGUUGAUGUCAACCUAAAAACAUGUUUGCACAUAAACUUAGAUUUCACUAGACUGUGAAAUGGUUUUCUGUAGUAUUUUGUUCCUGUUGAUGUAUAUAUAUAUAUAUAUAGUAAAGUAAAUAACGUACAUAAAUGCAUAUUGUAUGCUGUAAGAAUAAAUAAUUUAUAGAGUAUUUCAGGAGUAUUUUUCCUCUAAUCAGUGUCAUGAUUUCAAGGCUCUCCUUAUGGUCCCAAUAGUGGCUGAAAAUAUUUUAUACAAACCUCAAUUCCAAUGACAUUGGACUGUUGUAUAAAACGUAAAUAAAAACAGAAUACAAUGA